AGUUUGGAUACAGACAAGCCUGUGGCACCAGUGAAGAGAUCACCUCUCCGUCAGGAAACCAAUCUUGCCAACUUCUCAUACCGCUUCUCCAUGUACAAUUUGAAUGAAGCCCUGAAUCAGGGGGAGACUGUGGAUCUCGAUGCCCUCAUGGCUGAUCUGUGUUCCAUAGAGCAGGAGCUCAGCAGCAUUGGGUCUCAUUCAGCAAACAAUGCUGCAGUGAAACGCGUUGCCACAGAAUCCAAACCUCAGAAACCACCUGCUAGCCGACCUUCUACUAAGCACAGCAGCAUGAAAGGAUUAUCCUCCUCAUCUGGUAAGGUGACUAAACCAUCACAUGCCAAUGUAUCUUUGGAUGACAUCACUGCACAGUUAGAGAAGGCCUCGUUGAGCAUGGAUGAGGCAGCCCAACAAUCUGUUGCAGAAGAUCCCAAGCCAGUAGUUACUGCUCAGCACAGGAGGACAGCGUCUGCUGGCACAGUGAGCGAUGCUGAGGUGCGCUCAAUGAGUAACUCCUCCCGUUCCAGCAUAACCUCUGCAGCUUCUAGCAUGGACUCCUUGGAUAUCGAUAAGGUGGCAAGACCUCAGGAGCUGGACUUGACAUCACAAGGGCAACCGAUCACUGAGCAUUUUCUUAAUUUGAAAUGUUCCAUCAAUCAGUCCAAGUAUCCUAUUAACUUGCCAGAAGAGGAAGCUGAAUUGACUCCUCACUCCUAUUUGGACAGGGAAACCUCCCUCCUUCUGAGAAACAUUGCAGGAAAGCCUUCUCAUUUGCUGACCAAGGAGGAACAGGCCGCUAAAGUCAAAGCUGAGAAGAUUAGGGUUGCAUUAGAGAAGAUUAAAGAGGCACAAGUGAAAAAGUUGGUGAUCAGAGUCCAUAUGUCUGAUGACAGCUCAAAAACUAUGAUGGUGGAUGAGAGGCAGACAGUGAGACAAGUUUUAGACAAUCUGAUGGACAAAUCACAUUGCGGUUACAGUUUAGACUGGUCAUUGGUGGAAACCAUCUCUGAAUUACAAAUGG